AGCAGUGUGCGGAUCUCCGCGGCUCCUAGUCGCUCUGUCAGUCGAGGGCGAAGUUGGAAACAUAAACAAGGCUUUUCUCACAAGACAUCCGAAUCAACGAGGACGAGGAGGCGAGCUUUUUUUCCCCCCCGUCUUUGCCGAGCGUUUAUCUCCUUGGGUCCGUGGAUUAACAGACUGAUAUUAACUCGGUUCUAGUGGAUCCACUUCAGCAUCAGUCUGGAGCUGCUGCUGCAGCUUGAGUCAACUUGGAAACUCUGCUUCUCCGGGACAAACACGCACUUGUGGGAGUGUGAUUGAGCUGGUAACCCUCGGGUGUGGUGUUGUAUCCCGGGCUGCUGCAGGUCCUAGGAGGACGGGUCUGGGUCAGCGGUUGUUUCGUCCCGGGAUGAAGCAGCAGCUAGCUGCCCCGUUAGCUCCGCGGCUAGCCCGCAUUCAAACAAGUGGUUCUGCUGAAGUUACUCCCGCCGGCCCCCGGCCAAGGUUCUCCGUCUAAACCCACCACGGUCCACCCGAGGAACAAACACCCCCGCAGAACUGUGUUUCACUGCGGGUUUUAUUGACAUUUGCAGCAACUUUUCUCCCCCAAGUGCAGCUUAUCGUUAGCCUAGCCGCGCUAGCCCCAGCAGCUCCGGGACUUCACUUUUUAUCUGUUUUUUAUUAACUCUCCAUGGCCUCGCAGCGGGGUUCCCUCGGGGUAUUUGAGGGAUAAACCCCUGCAGCGUGUUCCCCCUAGUGUAGUGAGUGAGAGCCUCGGCCCCAGCAUGUCGGGCUCCCCGGGAGGAUCCAACCCGCGGAAGUUCAGCGAGAAGAUCGCGCUGCACCACCAGAAGCAGGCGGAGGAGACGCGGGCCUUCGAGCAGCUCAUGACCGACCUCACCGUGUCCAGGGUGCAGUUUCAGAAGAUCCAGCAGCUUCGAUUGUCUCAGUCCCGGGCCCCGUACUAUGGAGGGUCGCUUCCCAACGUCAAUCAAAUCGGCAACACCAGCACUGAAUUUCAGGGGGGUUUCCCCUCAGGGUUGGACUCAGUCAGAGGGACCCGCCACCACGGGCUGGUCGAGAGGGUCCACCGGGACCGCAACCGCAUCAAUUCUCCUCAUCGCAGACCCAUUGACAAGCAUGGACGGCAGAUGGAGAGCUCUCCGUACGGAGCAGUGUACCUGUCGCCACCGCCGGACAACAGCUGGAGAAGGGAACAGCAGCCAUGGACUGAGGAAAAACGGCCUGGGUUUAGAUUAUUAUCACAACUCAACAGAACCAACUCUGACUCUGCUCUGCAUACAAGUGCUACGAACCCAAACCCUCAGGACCCGUUUGGCAUGAACCAGCAGAUGGGAAGAUGUCCUCCACAGCGCAAUGGCUGGCAUGCAGCGAGUGUAAAUGAAGCAGAAAUCGACGGCUCUGGAGAUGUCUUCUCCUUCCCUGCUCUGCCUAAUGAGGAGAACCUAAUAGGUGUCAGUAAGCCUCUCCCCAAGCAGCUGUGGGAGGCCAAGAAGGUCCAAAAUCUGGCAUCACGGCCUAAAUCAUGUGAAGUGCCUGGAAUCAACAUAUUCCCGUCUCCGGAGCAGAACCCCGGUUUGUCCCACUACCAGGGUUCAUUGAGUACCGGAGGCUCGCUCCCCGACCUCAGCAACCUGCAGUUCCCGUCCCCGCUCUCCACCCCGCUGGACCCCGAAGACAACGGAGGGUACCCCAACAUCAGCGGAGGCAGCAGCACCGGAAACCUGCCCGCUGCCAUGAUGCACCUGGGCAUCGGCAGCUCACAAGGUCUCUCCUCCUCCCUGAGCAAUCCCUCCAUUCAGGCGUCCCUCAACAACUGCCAGCUGCAGUCGUCUCUCAGCAAUCCCUCCAUCAACGCAUCCCUGCGUCUGUCCAGCAACUCGCCCCGGCGGCGGCCGGCUCCCAUCAGCCCCCUCACCUUGUCUCCAGGAGCAGAGCAGCGCAGGGGUCUGGCCAAGCAGCUGUCCCCCACCAUGUCCCCCUCGCUGUCCCCCAUCACACAGGGAGUUGCUUUGGACACCAGCAACAUGCCUCGGGAACCACCGCCACCCUAUCCACUCUACCAGCAACCCCAGCAUGCAGUGGAUCAGGGCAGACAACGCCAGCAGCCGCACCUUCAGCAGCAGCAGCAGCCGCUGUCGCAGCAGCAGCAGCAUCAGCAGCAUCCGCAACAUCAGCAGCUACAGCAGCAUCAGCAGCAUCAGCAACAACAUCAGCAGCAGCAACAUCAGCAACAUCAGCAGCAGCAUCAACAACAUCAGCAACAUCAGCAGCAACAACAUCAGCAGCAGCAUCCGCAGCAACAUCACCAACAUCAGCAGCAGCAGCAGCAGCCUGUGUCACCUCUUCAGAACAUCCCACUGGACUUUAACGCAGGCCAACACAACAGCAUGGCAGCGCUCUACAGUGACCCCUUCAUGGAGCAGCAGUUCUCAAACCGCCAGAACAAGACCCUCACUUAUCAGUUGGAUCAGUUCAGCCUGUUGGAAAACGCGAUGAGCUCCACAGCAGGGGGGUCCUGCUUCGAUCCUUCAUCCUCCUCGCUCUACUACUCCCAGGCAGCUCUGUCAGGCCUGGGCGGCAGCCACGGCAGCCUGCAGGACCCCAUGCACAUGAGGGCCAACAUGCUGUACUCAAACUGCAGCGGAGGAUUGCCCAACAUCAUCCUCACCGACGACUCCAACCCAAGUCUGUCGAAGGACAUCACCAGCGCGCUCUCCACGGUGCCCGAAUGUUUUGACUCGGAAGGAGGUUUCCCGUUGGAGGACGAGCUGCGCAUCGAGCCCCUCAGCUUGGACGGUUUGAGCAUGCUCAGUGAUCCUGACAUGGUGCUGCCAGACCCGUCGGUGGAGGACAGUUUUCGCAGCGACAGACUCUGAACGUCCAGAGCGUUGCACCUUUCAAGAAAAGCAAACACACAUGGAUUUGCAGCGUAUAGUGUACAAAUCUGAAUAUGCAUGCCGUCGAUCCCUAUAAGGCCACUCAGCAUGCGUCCACCGCCACUAAGAUUCAUUAAUGUGAAAGACUUGAGCAGCAUGCACGUACUCAUCCGCACCUUUUUUUUUUAAAAAAAAGGGGACUCGUGAACAGACACUGUUUACACCUGCUUGGCACAAAGGUACCCUAACGCACGCCUGAGCUCAUGUUAAUCAGACGCUAUUGAAACGGUGCAGCCGGGAGUUCAGGACCUGCUCUGAGCUCUGACGCAGCUCCGAGUCUCUGCAGCUCCUCCGGACUGAGAGAAAUGAGCGAGGCGCUUCAGAGAGGAGCCCAGGUCCCCCUGCUUCUCCCUCACAAACCACCGCUUCCCUUUCCCCAGAAGCCAUGGCAACACCAUAACCAUGGUUACACACCAUAGCAACCCCAUCGCCGUGCUGAAGAGCCGCAGAAAAGCCAGCACACGAUCUCCAGCUCUAAUGAAGUGAGUGAAGCCCAGAGGUGUCGUUGCAGUUACUUCUCCACGCCGGGGCAGCGGCGUGAUGAAACCCGCGCUCUGGAACAGUCAUGGUUGAGAUCAAGACCAGCCGGAUUUCAGAUCUUCUUUUCAAAUGUUCUAAUUUGCGAAUGGUGUCAGAUUAUUUUUAAAGUGUUUGCCACAGAUUUAAUAUAUAUAAGUCUAUAUAUUCAUAUACGCACCUCAAAUUUCAAUCUGAUUUGUGUUUUUUCAAAUGAGACAAAAAGGGCAAACUGUUUACAAAGAUGGUAUUUUAAUAAGUAAAUAUUACAAAUAUUUUUGGAUUUCUAAUUGAGAAAUACAACUCUAAGAUGCAUUGAGUAAAUGCAGUAUUUUUCCUUCGUAAUUGGUUGAAUAUCCUGUUUUCUGUCUGGCAGAACUCACACAGCACUGGGACAAUUAAAUUUAGACAUCUUUUUUCUUUUUUUUUUACGUUGUUUGAAGAAAAUACUUAAAUGUAUGUUUGUUGCAUAUGAUACAUCUGACGUUUUGUACUGACGUGUAAAGGCGCUUGUACUGUACUGAACUUGUAAGGGCAUGCACUGUGCUACUGUGGAUCGAUUAUAUCGUGUGUUUGCGUCUGGCUGUGUGUCCUUCGGCUGCAGGAGUUUAGUAAACCAUCACUCUCUCUCUCACACACACACACACACCCCAGCAGCCGGUCUGAGUCAUUCAGAGAGCAGGUAGUGACCGCGUGGACAACAUGUAACAUUGCACUUAACCUCUUUUGCACUAAUUGGUUCACAUUGUGUAGACUGAUAUUCUCACACCUGAGGAAGGUUUUUACCUGAUGCUCCAAAGAAGUUGAAAGAAGCCUCUGAUAAGAAAGUUUCACCUUUUCCACCCACAAGCAGCAGGUAUCCGGUUUCCGAUUGAUGUGAGAGAACUGGUGACGCUUUGUUUUCGGGGCUUUGACCAUAUGAUCCUGUGAUGGUAUGUUUUUGUGAAGAGCCCGUAUCUGCAGCCGGUUAUGUAACGGCUCGUCCUCGUCGGGCAUCCGGCGCCCCCUUGUGCCACUUUUGAUAAUCUUGAAAGAGCUAUUUUUACCUAUGCAACAUUUUCAGAGUGAAACCUGUUGAACAGGUGCCACUUGCACUUUAUGCAGCGUAAAUGUUUUAGUUUUGACCUACACGAUGUGAGGGAUCAAAUUGACUAGAAAUCACAAUAUUACAUGUGUCCACUGGCCACUCUGUGUUGACUCUGCAUCUGAUUGAUCAACAGAGAGAGCAAAAGAGUUCGUAGUGAGUGAUCCGAAGGAAGUUGUGCAAUGUUUUUUGCACUGUUUUUUCUAAUUUCUUUUAGUCAGGUGGUGUCACUGCAUAGACCAACGUUUCCUAAUCCAGGUCCUCAGAACCCACCGUCCUGCAAGUUUUAGAUGUUUCCCUACAGCAGUAUGUCUCAAAUGAGUGGACUUGUGCAGCCCCUUGUGACAGCUGGAUGAGGUGAUGUGUUGAUUUAACGCAGGAGAUUAUCUGAAGGAUGCAGGGCUGUGGAUCCCAAGGACCUGGACCGGAGACUCUAGCAUCUACUGAGUCCUUCCUGCAUCACAGAUUCAGCGUCAUUCUUGUCAAAUUUAAGAGGGAUUCUGGGGUUGUGAGGUUUUUUUAAGGGUUUAUGUUUAAUUACAGUUAUUAUUUUACAUCUCAUUAUCUCUUUCAUACAGCAGGUGAGUGAUGAAGCCACACAGCAGUGUAAAUUUUGCAGUUUAUAAGGGUUUCUUGUUCCUUUUCGUCCCUCUGUCGCAGCCUGUUUCCUGCCGUCUAAACGCCUGCCUUCUGCUGCCUUACUUUGUUGUUUUUUUUUCAUAUUCCAGCAGUUACCUGCAUCAGCUGAUAGUCACUUCCCUUUAGCUGCCCGUGGUUUUUCUGUCACUUAGACUCACUGUCCCUUUUUUUUUGUCUUUUUUUUUUUUUUUAGUAGCAUAUUAAAGUGUACAGUUCUGUUAUUUAAAGAAUGUUUAUGUCCACUAGUGUUACUUUUUUGUAAUGCCAUUUGAGUUUAUUUUCCCUCAAGAAAAAAAUAUUGGUUUGUAACGUAUGUUAUAGUGCUUAUCUUUCUGAUUUAAUAUAAACAAUAAAAGUCUAUACUCUGUAUUAUGUCUGAAAGAUC